CCCCACAUUAAAAAAAAUGGCUAGAGAAUGUUACUGUUGGAAUGCCUACAUAAUGGGUAUUUAUGCAAUUUUUCCUAAUAUUCUUACCAACAUAAACAGAGAGGAUGAUAGGAAUGAAGGACUGAUUUUUCCACUUCUUUUCAAACUCUCUUUUUCCCUUUCUUUUCUUUUCUUUCACAAGCCCUAAAACUGUGAUGUAUAAAUUUCUACGGGAGUUGUUUUUAUACCGAUCAACACUAGGGGGUCCGAACGGCCAUUAAAGCUGAUUUGUUUAAGAAAAGUGGCUCCAGGGUGGUCGGCAGUGGCAUAUUCCACUGUACAGGUGACUUUUUUUGUCCUUUUGAUACUUGUUCUGCUUGUUUUUGGAUUUAGGUUGAUUGUAGUUGAAGAUAUUCAGAUUAGUCAAGACCUGAGUUGUUAUUUUUUGGGGUAGUUCUCCAUUAUUUGCUUGAAUGUGCAGUGUUUUCACUAUUGGCUUGAGUCGCUUGACUGUGCAGUAUUUUUUGGGGCAGUGGCAUCAUUUUUUUGGAGUUGUUAUUGUUAUGUUGGACUUCUAGGCCUGUGGUGUCGAUAUGUCAGAGGUUAGUCAAGAUUCUUGUAGCUCUGGUAGUGGUGUAUUGGGUCAAUUUAGCACCCAAAGUCAGAAACCUACACUACAAGUCACUAAACUUGCUGGCACUAAUUAUGCAUGGUCCCAUUCUGCACUCUGCUUUAUUAAGAGCAAAUGGAAGAUGGGCUACAUUGAUGGCAGUGUUGCUGAACCAAAGAGUAUAUACUCAUUUUUGCUAAAUGGGAUGCGAAGAACUCUACUGUUACGUCCUGACUCCUUCAUUCCAUGCAACCUGAGAUCAGCAAUGGUUAUUUGUUAUUGAGGACAGCAAAGGAGAUAUGGGAUGCUGUUGCCCAGACUUAUUUCUAGAUGCAUAAUGCUGCUCAAGUUUAUCACUUGAAGCAUAGAGUCCAUGAGCAUAAGCAGAGAGCCCUGUUUUUAGCAACUUAUCACAUU